UAUUUCGAAAAGGUUAAAACCACAGGGUUUUCCUUUCCCUCUUCCAGGAUUUAUAAAAUUGCCCUCCCCAAAAUUCUUACUCACUUGGCUCCAACGGGAAGUACUAGACGCCAUUCCGUCCACACCCACCGCUAUCCUUCACAAUGUCAGAUCGCGACAGGCAACGCGAGAGGGACCGUGACAGAGACCGAGACCGAGAACGUGAACGUGACCGCGACAGAGAACGCCGACGCGACAGAGAUGACCGCGAACGCGACCGAGAUCGAGACAGAGACAGAGACAGAGAUAGAGAACGGCCCCGCAGCAAGAGAUCCCAUACACCGGAGCGCACCCGGUCUCGUCACGCCCGCUCUCACACGCGUUCCGCCGACCGCGAACUCUACCGUUCACGCUCCAUUUCUCAUUCGCGCUCCCCGGAACGCUCCUCCUACCGUCAUCACCGGAACCGGCACCGAACACCAUCAGCGGAGCCGCCUAGAAAACGGCACCGCCACGAAAGCGAGGAGAGGGAGAAGGAUAGGCAAAAGGCAGUGUCGGAUUUUGUGGACGGGAUAGCUAAAGAGCAGCAGCAAAAGAAAGAAAAUAAUGAGAAUGAGAAUGAGAAUAGAGAUGGUGGGGACGAGGAUGAGAUGGAGAUGAUGAAGAAGUUAGGGAUUCCAGUUGGUUUUGAUUCCACAAAAGGAAAACAUGUGCCUGGGGCUGAUGUUAGUGGCGUUAGGGCUGUGACUAAGCGGCAGCCUAGGCAGUAUAUGAAUCGAAGAGGCGGGUUUAAUCGUCCAUUGCCCGCAGAGCGCAAUCGUUAGAAUUCAUUAAUCGAUUGAAAGCAUUUUCAAGGUUAGUCAUCUUCCUAGCACUGGGGAUGGUCAUCCAUUUUGACUGCUGGCAUGAAAAGCAAGGCAUAUAUUUAAUGAUACUUGGUGCCGGAAAGAUGUCAAGCAGCAUUCAUAUUUGAAAAUGUUAAAGUUUGGUGAGUUAGUUACAAGGUGCAUAAUUGACAGCGUAUGUGCUUGACUUACUUGAUGUACCAUGAUAAGGUGUAUCUUUUAGAUUAAAUGAAGGCAGAUUUUUGGAACUCAGUUUCCAUGGUAUAGGAUGUCCAUGUUACUAGCUGUCUUUUGUAGCCAAAUUCUAUUUUUUAUUCAAAUUUCCUAAGCUUUCUCAAGAAUCCAGACGAGGAACCUAGUUCUUAUGAAUCAGUUUAGUGCAUCACACAAUUCCCUGUGCUAUAAUUCUGGAAAUUCUCCAAGAAUAAUUCCAUAUCUCAAUAGAAAUAAUGCCUUGAUAUAUGUGGAUUCCUACUAUUUCUAGUGGCAUAAAAAAUGGCACUUCUAAUCUGGGUAAGGACUAUUUUAAACCCCUAAUAUCUUGCAAAACUCCGAUUAUAGCCUCAACACCAUAAUACUAGAGAAAAUAAGUAAAAUGAUAAUUAAUAGUACAAAAUAGCCUAAACAAUCUAGAAUAUUCUAAAUCCUAUUUAAAGAACUACACUAAAAACAUAAUAUAUAACAAUACUACAAAAUAUAAUUUUGUGUAAUCUCCCUAGGCCCUAUCAACUCUUUUCCUUCCUAUAUCAUCCAUUUUCCUUCUGAGCUUAUAUAUGGCUCCUAUUAGUGUGUAUUAGAUUUCCCUGGUGAUUCAGAUGAUCAUGGUGGAGAUGAGCUUAAUAUUUUAGAUUAGUAGCAGCCAGUGCCCGAAGCUAGAGAACUUGACUGUUUUAAAACAUGUUUUUUGAUGGCACAUAGGUCAAUCAAGUGAAAGAUCUGGAGUUUUAGAGCUUGUGAUGUAGCAGCAAGAAAGUU